UCUCUUUCUCAAUCUUUCAAAUCGAGUCGAAUGUUGUAACUCUCUUACAUUAAAACAUCCAAAAUCAAAAGCUUUUGUCUCGCUUCUGUCAGAUAAAAAGAUUUUUGUGAUUUUUUCAGUUUGCAUUUUCUGAAGAUUCUUCUUGUUAACAAUGUCGGCUGAUGAUGAUGAUAAAGAUUCAGACGACCUUAAUAUAUUCCUCAACGCCAUCGGUGAAGAACCACCACCGAUGAGGAAAACCACCAAUGACGACAUCUUCUUGAACUUGCACGUCGAUGGAGAUGGAGGAGAUGGAGAUUUUCACAACCCAUUUCAAGAUUUCUCCCACGACUCGAAUCAACCCGAAAGUCCGGUUUACGUGGCACCACGGGUGAUGAUAAGCCAUCAAGACUCCUUCUCAGAAGAUUCAAGAAUCGAAGAUGCGAGGAUACUCCCCUUCUCCCCUCGUCUAAGAGUCCCUGCUUCUCCUCGAGCUUUUGUUUAUCAGAGAUCUGUGGAAUCUCCUCGUUUUGGAUCUCCCGUUGGAUUCAUUGACACAGCUUCACCUUUCGAAUCUGUUAAAGAAGCUGUCUCAAAGUUUGGUGGGAUUACUGAUUGGAAAGCUCAUAAGAUUCAGACAAUAGAGAGAAGGAAGAUGGUUGAUGAAGAGCUUGAGAAGAUACAAGAAGCGUUGCCUGAGUAUAAGAGAGAAUCUGAGUUAGCUGAAGAGACCAAACAAGAUGCGUUGAAAGAAUUAGAGAACACAAAGGGACUCAUUGAGGAGCUAAAACUCGAGCUAGAGAAAGCGCAAUUGGAAGAGCAACAAGCGAAACAAGACUCUGAGCUUGCGCAGAUGCGUGUUGAGGAGAUGGAGAAAGGUGUGGGUAACGAGGCAAGCGUUGCCGUGAAAGCACAGCUCGAGGUAGCUAAAGCUAGACAGGAGUCAGCGACUUGUGAGCUACGGUCCGUUAGAGAAGAGAUUGAAAUGGUUUGUAAUGAAUAUGAAGAUAUGCUGAGGGAAAAAGAUUUAGCUGCGGAGAAAGCUGCAGUUGCCGUGAUGGAAGCUAAAGAUGUUGAGAGAGAGAUGGAUGGUUUGAGUAUAGAGCUCAUAGCCACCAAGGAGUUGUUGGAAUCAGCACACACUGCUCAUCUCGAAGCGGAAGAGAAGAGGUUCGGUGCAGCUAUGGGUAGGGACCAAGACAUGUACAACUGGGAAAAGGAACUGAAGAUGGUGGAAGAUGAUAUCGAGAGGCUUAACCAAGAGAUCCGUGCGGCUGAUGAUAUGAAAACUAAGCUAGAGGCUGCUUCUGCUCUUGAGUUUGAUUUGAGAGCUGAAUUAGCAGCUUUCACCACCACUAAUAAUAUAUUGAAUAGUAAUGAUAACAACAUACAUGCAGCUGUUGAUUCAGCAAAGAGGGAGCUUGAAGAAGUCAAAUCCAAUAUUGAGAAAGCAGCCUCCGAGGUGAAAGCAUUGAAGAUAAUAGCUGCAUCUUUACAGUCCGAACUUGCAAGGGAGAGACAGGAUCUAGCUGAAACUAAUCAGAGACAAAGUGCAGGUUUGGUCCAGGAGGAGUUGGUGGAUACAUCCAAUAAGUUGGAGCAGGCGAUGAAAGAGGCAGAGGAGGCAAGGAUCUUAGCCGCAGCUGCUAGAGACGAGCUUAGAAUGGCAGAGGAGUUGUCUGAACAAGCUAAAACAGGAAUGUCUACUAUAGAGAAGAGGUUAACCGAGGCGAAAAAAGAAAUGGAGGCGGCUAGAGCUUCAGAGAAGUUGGCCUUGGCUGCUAUAAAAGCUCUGCAAGAGACUGAAUCUUCUCAGAGAUUUGAAGAGAUUAAUAAUAAUAAUUCCCCGAGAAGCAUCAUAAUUUCUGUAGAAGAAUACUACGAGCUAAGCAAGCAGGCGCACGAGGCAGAGGAAGAGGCAAACACAAGGCUAUCACAGAUUGUUUCCCAAAUAGAAGUGGCUAAAGAGGAAGAGUCAAGAAUCUUGGAGAAACUAGAGGAAGUGAAUAGGGAGAUGAGCGUGCGAAAAGAAGAGCUUAAAGCGGCGAUGGGAACAGCUGAAAAGGCUAGAGAUGGGAAGUUGAGUAUGGAGCAAGAGUUGAGAAAAUGGAGGUCUGAGAAUGGGAAGAGAAGAACAGAAGAGCCUGAGAAGAGCCCCACGAGGUCAAGCACGUUCGCGUUUGGUGAACAAGGGACAAGCAGCAACAUUGAUAACAAUAAUCUGAACCCUGAAACAAAGAAAAAGAAGAAGAAGAAGCUUUCUUUGCUGCCAAAGGUUUUCAUGUUCUUAUCAAGGAAGAAGUCUCACAAGUGAAAAUCUUUUUUUUUUCUAUUCUUCAAAAUAUUUUGAUUUUGUUUUUUGUUUCUAUUACACCAACAAUAACAAUACAGACUUCUUGAGAUGAGUGUGGCAAACUUUUCCAUGUAUGUUUUUGUUGAAUUCACUUGAUGGAAAUAAAGCCACUGACACUUGC